GAUCAGCUGCCCGCGCACAACAGCGGGGCCGCGCCGCCACGGUGGGUCCGCGGGGCGGGUGGGUUCCCCCCAGCAUCCCCCCAGCAUCCCCCGCCGCGGGCUGCCCCUCCUGCCCCCCCCCCCCCCAACCCCGGGGUCCCCACCCGCAUCGCGCUCUCCCCGUCCCCUCCCUGGAGUGGAGGGGUGUCCCGCGGGUCCCCUGGUCCUGCGUGGGGUGUCGGUGCCGGCUCCGCUCCUGUGCUACCCCCCCUCUUUGCUCUGUAGGCACUUGGGGCUGGCACCCCCCCCCCCCCCCGCCCCGGCGAGGACGUGGCGCGGCGGCGGUUGCUCAGCCUGACCGCGCGUUGCCGUGCCUUUUAUCAUUAUUUUUUUUAAUAUCCUCUUUUUAAAAUUAUUUAUUUUUAACCCUUCCUCCUCCCUGCCCGGGGAGCGCGGGAUGGGGGCCUGGGAGCUGCCCCCACUCCCCCUCCCCGGGGACCGCUGCCAGCGGUAGGUGCCCCCUCCCGGAGCUGCCCCCCCCCUCCCCGCCAUGGGGCAGGGUGCCAUGGGGCCGGCCGGGGUGCUCAGCCUGGCCGGGGUGCUCAGCCUGGCCGGGGUGCUGGCAGGGGACAGCAGGGUGCAGCCAGCCGGGACCCCGCUGCCGCUGGACCCUCCCCGGAGGGAUGCUCUGAGCCACAGCCGGGGCCUGGAUUGCUGGGAGGUGCGGAACCGCAACAGCUCCGAGUGGUGCCGCUUCGUCCGGAGCAACCCCGACUGCCGGCUGGAGGGCGGCUUCCUCGACUACCUCGAGGGGGUCUUCUGCGUCUUCCCCCCCCGGCUGCUCCCCCUGGCUGUCACCCUCUACGCUCUCUGGCUCCUGUACCUGUUCAUCAUCCUCGCUGUGACAGCGGAGAAGUUCUUCUGCCCCAACUUAUCGGCCAUCUCCACCAACCUGAAGCUCUCUCACAACGUGGCAGGUGUCACCUUCCUGGCCUUUGGCAAUGGGGCACCAGAUGUCUUCAGUGCCGUGGUGGCCUUCUCCAACCCCCGGACGGCGGGGCUGGCCAUCGGGGCUGUCUUUGGUGCCGGUGUGUUCGUGACCACCGUGGUGGCCGGGGGCAUCGCCCUGGUCAAGCCCUUCACGGCAGCCUCCAGGCCCUUCCUCAGGGAUGUCAUCUUCUACAUGGUGGCCGUCUUCCUCACCUUCGUGGUCCUCUACUUUGGCAGGAUCACGCUGGGAGAGGCUCUGGGUUACCUGGGGCUCUAUGUCUUCUACGUCUUCACCGUGGUGCUCUGCACCUGGAUUCACCGGCGGCAGCGGGGAGAAGGGCUGCCCCCCCCCAGGCCCUGGGAGCCAGAGAUGCUGACGGAUGCCGAAGAGCAGGAGUCCUCAGGCACAAACAGUGGUGACUACGGUGAGGAGUACCGGCCCCUGCUCCCCUCCCGGGAGCCCUCCCUGCGCAUCCUCACCGCUGCCCUCAGCCCCUUGGACUACCGCAAGUGGAGGAGGAAGCCCUGGUACUGGCGGCUCUUCAAGGUCUUCAGGGUGCCCGUGGAGCUGGUGCUGCUGCUCACUGUUCCCGUUGUGGACCCUGACAAGGAUGACCUGAACUGGAAGAGACCCCUCAACUGCCUGCAUGUCCUCACCAGCCCCCUGCUCUGCGUCCUCACCCUGAAGUCGGGCGCCUGUAUUUGCCUUCCUCGGGUUUUUGGCCAGCGCCAUGUGGAUCAACGCCGCGGCCACGGAGCUGGUGAACAUCCUCCGGACCCUGGGCGUCAUCUUCCAGCUGAGCAACACCGUGCUGGGCUUGACGCUGCUGGCGUGGGGCAACAGCAUCGGCGACACCUUCUCCGACCUCACCAUGGCACGGCACGGCUAUCCCCGCAUGGCUUUCUCCGCCUGCUUUGGGGGCAUCAUCUUCAACAUCCUGGUCGGCGUGGGACUCGGCUGCCUGCUGCAGAUGACCAGCAGCCAGCUGGUGGUGAAGCUGGAGCCCGACAGCCUCCUGGUCUGGAUCCUCGCCGGGGCCCUGGGGCUGAGCUUGGUCUUCUCCUUCGUGUCGGUGCCGGCGCAGUGCUUCCAGCUGGGCAAGGCGUACGGCGUCUGCCUCAUCCUCUACUACCUGGCCUUCCUCUGCGUGGCCCUGCUGACCGAGUUCAGGGUGAUCCGUCUCGCCGCCGCCUGACCGGCUCCCGCUCUGCCCCCCCCCCCCGAGGGACCGGGGCCUCGCUGUCCCCUCUCCCCGUCCCUCCCAGGGGGACGAGGGCACCUCGCCCCCAAUCAUGCUGCUCCGACCACGUGCUGGAGGCGACACGCGCCAGCCCAGCCCUCGGCCUUCGCUUCCCAGAGGGAGGGGGGCGUUGGUUGUGCUUUGGGAACGGAAAAGGGGCUGUUAGUCAUUAGCUACAUCCUCUCCCCGCUCUGUUUAAUCUUGUUUAACUCAAGGUGACUCUGAGCAGGGGUGAGGUCAAGACCUUGGCUUCCCCCGGUCCCGAUGGCAGGGGCAGAGGAGAGGGCAGCUCCAGCCCAGGGUCACAGCAGGAGUGGUUUUACUUCUCCACUUUACUUUCCCUUCCCUGUCCCCAUCCUGGCCGCUCUGGGACAGGGCUAGGGCAGCUGUGCCACACCGGGUAACUUGGUGAAGGUCUGAGCACGAGUUUGUCAUUGCAAAGGACGUGACACGUUCACACCGCGGGUUUGAAAUAGCAGCUGAGGCAAAGCGAGAUGGGGUUAAGGUGAGACAACGCUCCAGGGCAGUGCUUGGUUUUAAUGCAGGCAAAGCAGGAGGAAAAAACUAAGCAAAAGGUCAAGGGAGGCUGGUUUCCCCUGCUUUUUUAAGCUAUGUUUUUCAACCUGAGUUUCAGAUCCUAUUUUUCUCCUCCUUCUAGGGUGGACAAAGUUGUAGGAAAGGAGCUGGAGGUUUCCACACAGUGUGAGCCUCUGGCAAGACUAGGUUUAAAAAAAAAAAAAAAAAAAAAAAAAAAUUGCAAUAAAAAAAACCAAACACAAACCCAACCUUGACUUGUGUUGUUUGCUGUGAGAGUGUUUUCUCCUGCUCUCUGCUAGCCUAACACAAGCCUUACCCAGCACGGUGCCUUUGGAGGGGGAGAGGGAACACCUGGAACUUCUCCGGAG